CACCAUCUCACCACCAAAAAGGAACAACGAUCUUGAACAACUCGACCUUUCCUAGAUUCAGUUGUUCUCAGUUUGAAUACUGGGAACCUUGAAUCUACAUAUUCUUCUCAGUAAUCCAUUUUCGCCCGAGAUUCUCCGCCGCGCUCGCGCCGCGUCGUCUGCGGAUUUUUUUGCGCUCGCAACCCCACCACUUCCGACGGUUUCUAGAUCUAAGCAGGGCUUGGAUCUAGAAAUUCUUGCGAAACUCAACCGCAAUCAUGGCUACCGAUAAGGGACUCGAGGAUGUCCCCGAGGGACAGAUCGAGUCUAACUACGAUGAGACGGUCGACUCUUUCGAUGAGAUGAACCUGAAGCCCGAGCUGCUUCGCGGCAUUUACGCCUACGGCUUUGAGCGCCCCUCUGCGAUCCAGCAGCGCGCGAUUAUGCCCGUCAUCAAGGGCCAUGAUGUUAUCGCCCAGGCGCAGUCCGGCACUGGCAAGACCGCCACGUUCUCCAUCUCGGUCCUGCAGAAGAUCGACCCGAACCUGAAGCAGUGCCAGGCUCUCAUCCUCGCUCCCACCCGUGAGCUGGCCCAGCAGAUCCAGAAGGUCGUUGUCGCCAUUGGCGACUACAUGAACGUCGAGUGCCAUGCCUGCAUUGGUGGCACCAGCGUCCGUGAAGACGUGAAGGCCCUGCAGGAAGGCCCUCAGGUUGUUGUCGGCACUCCUGGCCGUGUUCAGGACAUGAUCCAGCGUCGUUUCCUCAGGACGGACGCCAUGAAAAUGUUCGUCUUGGACGAGGCUGAUGAGAUGUUGUCGCGCGGUUUCACUGAGCAGAUUUACGACAUCUUCCAGCUUCUGCCGCAAUCCACCCAGGUCGUUCUGCUCUCUGCCACCAUGCCCCAGGACGUGCUCGAGGUUACGACCAAGUUUAUGCGCGACCCCGUCCGUAUCCUGGUCAAGAAGGACGAGCUUACCCUCGAGGGUAUCAAGCAGUUCUACAUUGCUGUCGAGAAGGAGGAGUGGAAGCUUGACACCCUGUCGGAUCUUUACGAGACCGUCACCAUCACGCAGGCCGUCAUCUUCUGCAACACCCGGCGCAAGGUCGACUGGCUCACCGACAAGCUCACUGCCCGCGACUUCACCGUCUCGGCCAUGCACGGCGAUAUGGACCAGGCUCAGCGUGACCUGAUCAUGAAGGAGUUCCGAUCCGGCUCCUCCCGUGUUCUGAUUGCCACGGACCUUCUGGCUCGUGGUAUCGAUGUCCAGCAGGUCUCCCUGGUUAUCAACUACGACCUGCCCGCGAACCGCGAGAACUACAUCCACCGCAUCGGCCGCGGCGGUCGGUUCGGUCGGAAGGGUGUUGCGAUCAACUUCGUUACUGCCGAGGAUGUUCGCAUGAUGCGUGAGAUUGAGCAGUUCUACAGCACCCAGAUUGAGGAGAUGCCCAUGAAUGUGGCCGACCUGAUUUAAAGCGCCUUUUCAUCGCAGACGUCAUACACUCUUUCUCUCGGCAUACCUCGCACGCUACCGCACAUCGGCAUCUGCAUCUCUCUUGCAGUAUACUGAGGAGGGGCAUUGUGUCGCGGUUUUCUGGUAGAAAGAGACGGAGCUGCUCAGCUGCUCAGCUGCAGCGGGUGUCCUUUUUUUUCUUCCCUCCCUUUUUCUUUGUAGGGGGUCUAGGUGACGCUGUCCACCAAAAAAAAAGUCCUUCUCGGGGUUUGGGCGCUUGCACAUUAAUCAAGUGGGAUGGUGCGAGCGCUUUGGGGGCAAGCAAGGAAGGCUGGUUUUCUCAUUUCCGCUCGUGGCUUUUCCGGCUUUUCUCAUUGUCAUAUGUACCCAGAGUUAGGGAGGUUAACAAAAUGCGACGUAGACCGAAACCCUGCACAGCCAUGUGAACCAUUGUGCUAAAGUUGCGUUGCUUGUUAUAGUUCUCUUUCCAAAGCUUAAGGACAUCCUGAAAGAGCAUUCCAUACAGAAUACAGAUACAACAUGUGAUAACUGAGUUUGUUACAUC